CGCAUGCGUUGUAGAGCUCAGGGAGGGAAAACGGUAACUACAGGGAAAGUUCAAAUCAUGAGCUAAAAUAUUUUCAUUGACUCUCGGAUUUUAAAAUAUAAGUCUGUGUCGUUGAACCGUGAUAGUUCUACUAAGAUAUGCCUUCGAAUCUGGUUGACAAAUGGACCGAAGAGAAUAACAACAUCACCAAAAAGUGGAAGGAUUUUGAAGCUCAUCAGCAGCAUCCUCAGGACUUGAGGAAACAGUGUUAUACAGAGUGUCUGAAACUGCAACACAAAGUUCAAGGUGUGCCAGCCCAAACAGUACACCUUAAGCUUGAGAUUACAGUUAUAUACAACACUUUACUAUUUUCACUGAGUUGCGGCACACCGAAUGAGACAAAGGACUGCAUCACCAAUAUCUUAGUAAGAGCUUUAGAGGCUGUUUCUAAGCAGGUGCCCAGUUAUGAUUUGGUUCCUUUAUGGCAUGCUGUGCUGAGGACUUUUGGUGGUACAGUUUAUGAGCCGUGGAUCCAAAAACUUCUGCUGGUUCAGUGGGCAGUCUGGCUCUCAGAAGGCCGCUAUGAAGAAAUCCUGCAUUUGCUUCUGCAGGUUAAUCACAAAAAACAGAGCACACUAUCAAAGGAUCUGCUUGCAGAAAUUCGAAACCUUACCUUCUGUAUGGAAGAAGAUGCCUCCCUGCUCGUUGCUUUAGCAACCAAAGACCUUAAGGAGCUUCUGCAUGUAUGCACUUUUAUUUCUAAUGGAGUGGAGCAGAUAAAGGAAGAGAAAUAUAUGGAGGCCCUCAUGGCUUUGCAGGAAGCCAGCACUCAGUCGUCACCGAGAGCUCUCUUGGCUCAUGUUCACAUGCUCACAGGCUUUUGCUUUGCCAAGCUGCAACAGCCCCAGUGUGCCCUUCAGUGUUACAGAAAGGCCUUGGAAGUGGACUUUAACUGCCACAGGGCCCUUUAUCAGAGCUCAUUAAUAUAUAGACAGCUGGGUAACACUAAUGCAGAAAUAGAGGCAUUGCAUCUCCUGCACUCGGCUGUAAUGUUGCACGCCGAGAGCAAUCCAUCAAGUACAUCAAUGCCAUUGAUAUCUCCUGAUAUUCUGCUUGGUAGUAAACAGAUCGGAUUCAUCUGCCAAAUUCCGUCUCCUCUUCACAUAUUAUACACUCUGGGUCACAGAUGUGUGCUCAAUGACAGAGCUUCAGAAGGAGCUGAAUAUUAUCUCGACCUCUUGGCUUCUUUACAGUCAGACUUGAAUCAAAUUCCUGUGGACGAUGGCUUGUCACUUCCUAGACUUCCAGUGGUCUACCUUGAAGCAGCAUUUGCCCUGUUAAAAGCCAAACAGGUUUGGGAUGCCCUUGUCGUUUGUGAGGAGGUCAUCGCUAAAACUGUUGACCUCAUCCCAGAGAGAUUGUCGAUCACGCCAUCUGUGGCAGUUUCCAGAGAACACCUACCUCUGAUGUUGGAAGUUGAUGCUCCAGAGGAGAAGCUGCAGUGUGUGCUUUGGUCUGGAGCUGCUUACUACCUCCAAGGGCAGGCGCAUUUACAUCUCAAAGACACAAAAGAGGCAUUGACCAAUUUUACUCGAGCAAUCAAUCAGUUGGUGAAAGUGCGCAUUAUACAGAAAGGAGCUGAUGGAGGAGAUGUUGAUCACACAGUGAUGAUCCUGGAAGCUCUGAAAGGAAAAGUGCUUGCAUUUAGAGCUGUGUGUUUUGUAGAAAGGGAGCAGUUGAAAGAGGCUUUAAGGGACUUUCAGCUCAGUCUUCAGGCCACGCCAGGAUGCAGGAACACUGAAAUGUGGCUAGUGGAGAUGUUGUGGAGGCUGGACCGCAAACAGGAGGCAGCGGCCAUGUGGGGACACAUACUUAAUUCCACACAAUCAUCAACACCAGUAGUUCUGCCCUUAUAUCUGCAAACAUGGCAUGAGGAUCCUACAUGUUUUGACCAGAGCAGCCUUCAGAAGAAAAUGGAAGAAUUUGUACAGAAUAGUUUUGUAACAACAUAGUAAAACUGCAUUAAUCUAUACCUUCUGAACAUUUUCUUAAUGACUUUUGCUUGAUUAUUAUUUGUCCUUGUCAUUCAUCGUAGAGCAACACAAAUACACAGCCACACACACUGCAGAGCUACAUACUAUACCAAUAUUCCUGAUAAGUGGCAUGAAAAGGGAGGAUAAAUGAAACCUAAGCGUAUGUGGAAAU